AAAGUUAUCUCUUAAUUUUAACUUUCUUGUGUCACAAGUUGAUAUUGUGCAUAGCUGCUGAGCUCUAAAGAAAUAAAAAAUCACAUUGUGUUGUGAUUUUACUUUCAAAAGAAGACUUUAUUAAUAAAGAACAAAUAACCGAAAAUUAAAAAUGCCUGCUUCUCCAAGUUCGACUUCAGUAGGAGGUGGCGGAGGUGGUGGACGUUCACCUAGUAAAUUAGCUGUCCCAAGAAGUAGUGCUGGUGGAAGUAGUACAUUAAAGCAAAGGAAAACUACAACAACAACUACAGCAAGAACUCGUACUACAGGAGCUGGUUCCGGUGGCAUGUGGCGGUUUUAUACAGACGAUUCACCAGGAAUCAAAGUUGGACCAGUCCCAGUUUUAGUAAUGUCGUUACUCUUUAUUGCAUCAGUUUUCAUGUUACACAUUUGGGGAAAGUACAAUAGAUCUUAAUUUAAUUUCUAAUUAAAAAGACAUUUAAAUUCUUUAUCACAAUCACUUGUGAAAGAUGAUGACGUCUACAAUUUAAGUGUAUGUAAAACAUUUUCACUACAUUUUUUGUAUUGUUAACGUUAUAAAAUAUAUGAAAAAUACUUCCGAUUUUCGGGUUGAUUAA